AUGCAAAGCACCACCAACGCUAACAACAAUGGUGCAGAGCCUGUCGAGCGAGACAACUUUCCUGAUUCAACUGAAGAGGCCUCUGCAGCUCUGUCUGUCACAAACGGUGCUCCUCAGGACUCAGCUGCAGUGCCGCACCAGGCAUCACAUGGAUACAAUCAGUACCCUGUGUUAGCACCCCACGCACAGAACGGCACAGAAUCGCGAAUUCAUCCAGAGCUGCGGUCUCCUUCGGGCUACCUUCAAGCUGCGAAUAUGAUGACUUCUGUUGUUCCUGCGCCACCAAAUGGUGGGCCAUCGGGCACAGUAUCAAACGCGCAGCACCAGCCGCAUGCUGGCGGAGGCGCACAACUACUACCAGGUCCUCCUCCGGAUAUGGGAGAUCACAUGGGCGAUGCCAGGAAGUCCAAUAAACGCGAAUUAUCCCAAUCGAAGCGCGCUGCACAGAAUCGGGCCGCACAGAGAGCUUUCCGUCAGCGCAAAGAAGGCUACAUCAAAAAGCUAGAGCAACAGGUCCAAGAGCAUGAGGGCUUCGAAGCAACCCUCAGGUCAUUGCAAGAACAAAAUUAUCUCUUGAGGGGCUAUGUUGUACAACUGCAAACCCAUCUUAUGACGACACAAGGCGACUAUCCCCCGCCUCCACCAGGGCUGACCUUGGAACAACAUUCGCAAGAAGGCCCAGCACCGGCCCACAAUGCGGCCCCACCACCUCCGAGCUUGCCGGCAGCCGCUCCGCCCGCGCCCAUGAUGUCUCCCAACCCCCAAGAGGCAGCUCCGCCUAGCGAACCACUUCCGGGCGCAGGCACGGCUCUGGAACAGGUUGCACAGGCUGUUGCCAACCUAGGACGAACUGAAGAGAAUCCGCCAGAGCCGACUCCUGCAUACAUCAAGCCUCCACCUGCCGAUGAUGACGCGCGAACAGCCGAGGAACUUUCGCGCCAAUUACACGGAGAGGCGGUGCCCACAGCCAGCAUGUAA